UCUCCUGCUGCUGGUGAGAGCCAAAGCUACGUCGGUGUCAUCGUCUUAUCGGUUUGGGGGUUUGACAACAGAAACAACACCCUUAUUUCGUGUCCAGCCACGAAUACCCAUUUUCACUGGGGUCUCUGGAGAGAUGAACAACAACGGGAAUAAGAGAGCUCCAACCACAGCCACUCAGCGACUUAAGCAGGAUUACCUCAGGAUAAAGAAAGACCCUGUGCCUUACAUCUGUGCAGAACCUCUCCCCUCCAACAUCCUAGAAUGGCACUAUGUAGUCAGAGGUCCUGAGAAAACUCCAUAUGAAGGAGGAUAUUAUCACGGAAAACUCAUAUUUCCACGGGAAUUUCCCUUUAAACCACCAAGUAUCUAUAUGAUAACACCAAAUGGGAGAUUUAAGUGUAAUACAAGGUUAUGUUUGUCCAUCACAGAUUUCCAUCCAGACACAUGGAACCCCGCAUGGUCCGUCUCCACCAUCCUCACGGGUCUGCUCAGCUUCAUGGUCGAGAAGGGCCCCACCCUCGGGAGCAUCGAGACCUCUGACUACACGAAAAGACAACUGUCAGCCCAAAGUCUGGCCUUCAACCUCAAGGACAAAGUGUUCUGCGAGCUGUUUCCUGAUGUAGUGGAUGAGAUGAAGCAGAAACAGAAGGCCCAGGAGGAGUUAAGCGCCCGCACUCAGCCCCUCCCCUUACCUGAUGUGGUGCCCGACGGUGACCCUCAACAUGCCCACUAUGGCCUCCCAGCCCUCAAUGGAGGUCCCGUCCCGCUCGGGGCUGCCAACCCCGCCCCUGGCCUGCAGCAGGCCAAUCGCAACCAUGGACUUCUAGGUGGCGCUCUAGCCAACCUGUUUGUGAUUGUAGGCUUUGCGGCGUUUGCCUACACAGUCAAGUACGUGCUGAGGAGCAUAGCUCAGGAGUGAGAGGAGCCGGCGUUGUACGCCGAUGCUCCCCCCUGCAGGCGAGCCAGCUAAUGGACUCCACAUUCUAUAAACACACUAAGUGGGGGAGGGAUGUUCAGUCCUGGGUUAAAACCCUCCACGACCACCACCACCACAACCACCACCACCAUGGACUUUGGAAGAUGGAAACUCAAAGCCGACCCACACAGGAAGGAUUGAG